AUGAAAGUUUCGUGGUCAGCAGCCUUCGAGUAUGGGGAUGUGCGGAUGUUCCUGGAGGAGUUCGAGGAUGUGGCGGAGCUGGCCGGAAUACGGACGGAUAGCGGCAAGUUGACGGCUCUCCGAGCUCUCCUCAAGGGUCGUGCGCGGGUUGGAGGCUGCACGAAGAGGCCCGGAGAAAAUGGAGUGGGCCGCCCUGAUCGCGGGCUUUGA